UACAGCAGUCGCAGAGGCUGACUGCACGGAUAAGUUACGUUGUGCCGUUCGGGAGAGACUUGAAACAGUCACAAACAGGUUCAUCGGCAAGGAUAUUACCCGUCAGAAAUAUUUUCUUCUAGGAUAUUAUGGGCGGUUUUGAAGAAGAUCCUUUGAAGAGUUGCGCCUUCUCAGCUGUUGUCCUGAGCUAGCUGUGGACUGUGAAAUGAAUGCACCCUGUUCUGUGCCUCCCGGUUCCUCACACACUAACCCCUGCCCUUAAUGGGAAAAUGCUGUUUGUCAGUCAUCCUGGCAGUCUCUUCCUGUGAAUUAUGGACUCGUGAUAAUGGUGACACCUUGAUGCUGGGAUUUUUCACCGCCGUUGCCGGGUAGCAAAGCCUGUCCUGUCCUCUUGUGAGCCCCGAUAAAUGACUUAUGGCAGUGUAAUGGAGAGGGCUCUUGAAGUAGCGCUUUGCGAGGCGUCUGUGUGCAGGAUAUGAGUGAUCCGAGCCCCAAGACUGACAACAAAGCUAAUCCGGUCGGAGUAGCAGGAGGGCUCCAGGACUCCUCGAAAAGCAUGCAGUCAGAUGAGCUCUUCAACAGGAAGUUUAAGGCCUCGAAUGGGAGCAUGGGACCCCCGCCCACUGGAGCACAAGGCAGAGCCGAGGGCGGGAGCAAAGCCAACGGGACGCCAGCCAUGCCCAAGAUGGGGGUGCGAGCGAGGGUGUCCGAGUGGCCCCCGAAGAAGGAGGGCUGGGAGGGACGCCUGCCACCCAACUACGAGAGCAUGGUGAUGGUCCAGAACGGAAAACCAGACCAAAGCACGGACGUCAGCGAACAGAGCCGGGACGCCCCUGCGGGCCCCGACUUCCCCAAGACCAAAUACUCGCUGGGUGACAUUCUGGUCCACUCUCCCCUGCGGGGGCUCCACCCCAUCCGCCAGAGGAGCAACAGCGACGUGACCAUCAGCGACAUCGACGCCGAGGACAUCGUGGACCAGACCGGCGUGAACCCCAACACGGGGGCGUCCCUGCACCGCGAGUACGGCAGCACCUCCUCCAUCGACCGGCAGGGCCUCUCGGGGGAGGGCUUCUUCUCCAUGCUGCGCGGCUACCGCGUGGACACCCUGGAGCACCGCAGCGUGCCGCCUAUAGGCUUCCCCGAGCUGCUGCACUACGACACCUCCCUCUCCCCGAGCCUGCAGACGGCCGCGCAGAUCGCCCGCGGCGAGAUCGUGCGAAUCCCGGGGCUGGACUACGCUGACGGCUCGCUGCUGUACAGCCGCGAGCAGGAGAAGUCCUUCAUGCGGCGGCUGCGCUCGGAUGCCUCGGAGACCUCGCUCUUCCGGAAGCUGCGGACCAUCCGGAGCGACCACGACGGCCUGCGGCUCUCCGCCGAGCAGGACGACCGCCGGCCGCCCAACUUCCAGAAGUGCUUCGCCCACUACGACGUGCAGAGCGUCCUCUUCAACAUCAGCGAGGCGGUGGCCAACCGCGCCAACCUGGCCAAGAGGAAGAACACCACCACGGGGGCGUCGGCCGCCUCACAGUACCCCCUCCCAGGGGGCGGGCCCGCGUUCGAGUCCCCCCUCGGCAGCCGUGAGGACCUCAACUCCAAGGAGAACCCGGACGCCGACGAGGGGGACGGCAAGAGCAACGGGCUGGUGCUGAGCUGCCCGUUCUUCCGCAACGAGAUCGGCGGUGAGGGCGAGCGGAGGAUCUCCCUGUCCCGGGCCAACUCGGCCGCCCACAGCGCCGGCGAGAGCUGCUCCUACGAGUCCUCCCUCAGCUCCCACUGCACCAACGCCGGCGUGUCCGUGCUGGAGGUGCCCAGGGAGAGCCAGCCCAUCCACCGGGAGAAGGUCAAGCGCUACAUCAUCGAGCACAUCGACCUGGGCGCCUACUACUACCACAAGUACUUCUACGGGAAGGAGCACCAGAACUACUUUGGAGCGGACGAGAACCUGGGCCCGGUGGCGGUGAGCAUCCGCAGAGAGAAGCUAGACGAUGGAAAGGAGAAAGAGGGAAGCCAGUACAACUACCGAGUCACCUUCAGGACCAGCGAGCUCACCACUCUGAGAGGCGCAAUCCUGGAGGACGCCGUGCCCUCCACGGCGCGGCACGGCACAGCCAGGGGCCUGCCCCUGAAGGAGGUGCUGGAGUACGUGGUCCCCGAGCUCAACAUCCAGUGCCUGAGGCUGGCCAUCAGCUCUCCCAAAGUCCCAGAGCAGCUGCUCAAGCUGGACGAGCAGGGGCUGAGUUUCCAGCACAAGGUGGGCAUCCUGUACUGCAAGGCGGGGCAGAGCACCGAGGAGGAGAUGUACAACAACGAGAGCGCCGGGCCCGGGUUCGAGGAGUUCCUGGACCUGCUGGGCCAGAGGGUGCGGCUGAAGGGGUUCACCAAGUACAGAGCGCAGCUGGACAACAAGACCGAUUCCACGGGGACUCACUCCCUCUACACCACCUAUAAAGACUACGAGCUGAUGUUCCACGUGUCCACGCUGCUCCCCUACACACCCAACAACAGGCAGCAGCUGUUGAGGAAGAGGCAUAUAGGAAACGAUAUUGUCACCAUCGUGUUCCAAGAGCCCGGAGCCCUCCCCUUCACUCCGAAAAACAUUCGCUCCCACUUCCAGCAUGUGUUUGUCAUUGUCAAAGUCCAUAACCCUUGCACUGAAAACGUAUGUUACAGCGUGGCUGUGUCUAGGUCUAAAGACGUGCCUCCCUUUGGGCCGCCCAUCCCCAAGGGGGUGACGUUCCCCAAGUCGGCCGUGUUCAGGGACUUUCUGCUGGCCAAGGUGAUCAACGGCGAGAACGCGGCACAUAAGUCGGAAAAGUUCCGCGCCAUGGCCACGCGCACGCGGCAGGAGUACCUGAAGGACCUGGCGGAGAACUUCGCCAGCACGGCGACCAUCGACUCGGCCGUCAAGUUCAGCUUCAUCACGCUGGGCGCCAAGAAGAAGGAGAAGAGCAAGCCGCGGCGGGACGCCCACCUGCUGAGUGUCGGCGCCAUCACCUGGAGUGUCGUCGCCCGCGACUUCGGCCAGUCGGCCGACGUGGAGUGCCUGCUGGGCAUCUCCAAUGAGUUCAUCGUGCUGAUCGAGGAGGAGUCCAAGAACGUGGUGUUCAACUGCUCGUGCCGCGACGUCAUCGGCUGGACCUCGGGCGUCGUCAGCGUCAAGAUCUUCUACGAGCGUGGGGAGUGCAUCAUGUUCUCUGCCCAGGAUGGCUGCGAGGAGGACAUCCGCGAGAUCGUCCAGCGGCUGGAGAUCGUCACCCGCGGCUGCGAGACCUCGGAGAUGACCCUCCGGCGGAACGGCCUGGGCCAGCUGGGCUUCCACGUCAACUUCGAGGGCAUCGUGGCGGACGUGGAGCCCUUCGGCUUCGCCUGGCAGGCAGGCCUGCGGCAGGGCAGCCGGCUGGUGGAGAUCUGCAAGGUGGCGGUGGCCACGCUGACGCACGAGCAGAUGAUCGACCUGCUGCGCACGUCCGUGACGGUGAAGGUGGUGAUCAUCCAGCCGCACGAGGACGGCACGCCCCGCAGGGGCUGCUCCGAGCUCUACAGGAUCCCCAUGGUGGAGUAUAAGCUGGACAGCGAGGGAACGCCCUGCGAGUACAAGACGCCCUUCCGGAGGAACACCACCUGGCACCGGGUGCCCACGCCGGCCGGGCAGCCUCUGCCCCGCGGCUCCCCCACGCAGGGCCCCGACCGGCUGCAGUGCCAGCAGCUCCUGCAGCAGGCCCAGGCCGCCAUCCCGCGCAGCACCUCCUUCGACAGGAAGCUGCCCGACGGCUCCAGGACGAUACAGGACAUGGAGAGCCCUCAGAUCCCCCCCUGCAGUAAAGGAGACCCCAGCCAGCACUACCGCAGCUCUCCAAGCAACCAGUCGUCCUCCAGCGAUCCCGGGCCCUGCGGGAGCAGCACCUGGGCGCAGCAGGGUGGAUACGAGGGCUCUCAGUCCCCCGUGCCUCACGAGCCUGGGGACGGCCCCGGGGGCCUGGGAGACGGGGACGUGCUGAGGGAGCCCACGCUUGAGAGGACCCGCUCUGCCGAGGCCAAAUGGCACAUCCCCUCCACCAAGAUCCUGAACUCCUUGAAGGAGAGAGGCCCGCAGAGGGAGGGGGGCAAGGACUCUCCCAGCAAGCUGUCCCGCAUUGGCGGCUCCAGCCACUCCAGCAGCAACACCCUGUCCAGCAACGCCUCCAGCACCAGCGACGACAAGCACUUCGGCUCAGGGGACCUGAUGGACCCGGAGAUGCUGGGCCUGACCUACAUCAAGGGCGCGUCGACAGACAGUGGCAUUGACACGGCGCCCUGCAUGCCCCCGCCCCCCCUGCCGGGGGUGCCGGGCGUGGCGGGAUCCCGGGCGGGGCUGCAGGGCCGGGGAGAGGCGCUGCAGUGGGCGGCCGAGCACCCGGACGACGGUGGGGGGCCCAAGGAGGAGCAGGCCAAGCUGUACCUGCCCCAGGGCUACGCGUCCGCCAUUGCCGCUGGGCACAUCGCCGAGGGCAGCAUCGGGGACCUGAGCGAGAUCUCCUCCCACUCCAGCGGUUCCCACCAUUCGGGCAGCCCGUCCGCCCGCAGCAACAAGCUCAGUGCCUCCCUGGACUCCUCCAGGGUCUACAUCGUCCCGCAAGGAGGCGCGGUCGCGGGGUCCAGUCCAGACACGCGUGCUUACACCCGCCAACCGCCGGGCAACAAGUAUCUGAUUGGCUGGAAGAAGGCAGAGGACAGCCCCCCGCCUGAGGAGCCUGAGAGCCUGGCAGAGUGUGGACGGCUGUACGCGGCCGAAGCCUCCUGCGGGACGCAGGCCGGCAGACGGGACGGGCAGCCCCAGCAGAGCCUGUCCAAGGAGGAGUACCUGAGGAUGAUGCUGCCCGACAGCCCCCCGGGGGACGACAGCAGGAGGACGGUUUCGGCGGUGGGCAGCCUGUCCCCCCGCCGCUCGUUGUACCGCACUCUGUCCGACGAGAGCGUGUGCAGCAACCGGAAGGGCUCCUCCUACGCCAGCUCCCGCAGCUCCGCCCUGGACCAGGCCCUGCCCAACGACAUCCUCUUCAGCAGCACGCCGCCCUACCACAGCACGCUGCCCACCCGUACGGCCCCGCACCAAGGGCCCUCCAACCUGCGGAAUGAGUUCUGGUUCUCGGACGGCUCCCUGGCAGACAAGUCCAAGUUCAGCGACCCGGGCCUGAUGCCCCUCCCUGACACUGCCUCCGGCCUGGACUGGUCCCACCUGGUGGACGCCGCACGGGCUUUCGAAGGUUUCGAGGUGGACGAGGAGCCCGGUCCCAUGUGUCAUCAAAAUGGCUGUCUAGACCAGCGAGUGGCGUCCUUCUGCACCAUGACGGACAUGCAGCGGGCCGAGGCACUGCAGAUCUCCGAGGAGCUCACCAGACGAGUGGCCGCUGCCGAGGGCGCCGCCCUGGAGGCAGGGGACAGCUCUCCUACCACACUCACUGGAAAAGUCAACCAGCUGGAGCUGAUCCUCAGACAGCUACAGUACGACCUGCGAAAGGAGAAGGAGGACAAGGCCAUCCUGCAGGUGGAGGUGCAGCACCUGAGGCAGGACAACAUGCGCCUGCAAGAGGAGAGCCAGACGGCCGCCGCCCAGCUGAGGAAGUUCACAGAGUGGUUCUUCCACACCAUCGACAAGAAACCGUGAAGAGGCCUCCCCCGCCCCCC